CAUAGAUAAGGAUUCACUCUAUACAUAUUGAAAAAGAAAUUCAAAAGUACAAUUAGACGUGCCAUAGAUAAGGAUUCACUCUAUACAUAUUGAAGUAGAAAUUCAAAAGUACAAUUAGCCGUGCCAGAGAUACGGAUUCAGUCUAUACAUAUUGAAGUAGUAAUUCAAAAGUACAAUUAGCCGUGUCAGGGAUAAGGAUUCAAUCUAAACAUAUUGAAGUAGAAUUCAAAAGUACAUAUACUUGUAUAGCCGUACAGAAUUUUAAAGUACAUAUAGCCGUGCUAAUUGAAAAUGGAUGGUUCGAUGUUUUAUCACCUGAUCAUUGUCAUAAUUGCGGAAAUCCUCAUGGCAUGCCAUGUGGAAUGUUUUAAUGAAAGUUAUCUAACGCCUGAAUCUUUACUGGUAAAACACCUGAUGACUAACUACGAUUCUAAUGUGCGUCCUGUGAAAAAUGCAGAAAAACCAACCGUGGUAACAAUGGACAUUUCAUUGAAUCAGAUAGUGGACGUGAGCGAGAGACACCAAACCAUAGUGACAGCAGUUUGGCUCCGAUUUGCAUGGGAUGACUAUUUUCUGAAAUGGAAUGAAUCUGAAUUUGGAGGAGUAAAGAUAGUGCAUUUGCAGCCAACGGAUGUAUGGAUUCCCGAUAUCACCCUAUAUACGAGUAUUACAGGCCAGUUUUACGAGACAGACAAAUUCCGACUAAGAGUUACAAGCGACGGAAACAUUCACUGGUACAUCCCAACCAGAUUUAUCAGUACAUGCAAGAUGGAGGUUCAGAACUUUCCCUAUGAUAUCCAGAUCUGUAAACUCAAGUUUGGAUCAUGGGGAUUCUCUGGCUUAGAGUUGGACCUCCGAUGUAAAACUGACUCGGCAGACUUGGCGUCGUAUGAAUCAAAUGGAGAAUGGGACGUGAUGUCAGUUAAUGCGGAGCGGCAUUCCAUAUUAUACAACUGUUGUCCAGAGCCCUACAUUGAUGUGACUUACUACAUCAAGAUCAAACGGAAGCCUCUCUAUUAUACUUUCAACGUGAUCCUGCCCUGUAUGUUCAUAAUGCUCAUAUCACCAUUUUCGUUCCUCGUAUCCCCGGGAUGUGGCGAGAGGAUACAACUGAGCGUUACUUUGGUCCUAUCUCUCACAGUAUUUAUGCUAUUCGUUGCUGAGCAACUACCAGUUCAAUCAGAAAUUCUACCAUUAGUCGGUCAAUACUUCACCGUUGCUAUGCUAGCGCUGACCAUUUCAAACGUGUCAUCAAUUAUAUCCGUUCAGUUUUACCACAGAGGAUCAAAUAACGACAAACUUCCACGAGUGUUGAAAUUGAUGGCGAUAAAAAUGGCGCAUCUAGUUUGUUUGGCGGACAGGUUUGGCGACGUUAUCGAUUCGACUGGAGGUUCUAAUGAUGCUGAUGAACAAGUCGAUGUCAAGUUAGAGAGAUAUGAUCCUAAACUUUUGAAAGGGGAUCAUUCAACAAAAAGAAGUCAAAGAUACAAUGAGACUAGAGACCUCGAUAUAGUAGGUGUGUAUCCUAGUCUAGCGCAAUGUAACAAAGUUCCUCUCCAAGAACGAGGGACGUAGUGUGGAGAUAACAGCAUAUAUCACGUGCACUGGAGGAUCCAGGGGGAGGGGCGUGGGGCCAGGGCUCUCCUCCCCUUUUGUGGGCUUAGGAAAAAAUUAGAACCCCAAAGAAUUUGUAGGGCCUCAAAAAUUGGCCUUUUGACCCCCUUGUGAGCUUCUGGACCCGCCACUGACUUGUUUGUGCAUAUUGUACUUGUUUUCUCAUGGGUUUGGAACAUACAAACAUGAAUUUGGAGUUUU